GCAAACCAUGAUGCAAAGGUUUUGUCAGUAUACUUUGAGUUUUUUAUUUUACGUAACAUGCCAGAAACCAUAUGCAAUGUUCUCAUCCUGUCUGUGAGAACCAUAGCAGCAGGUUUGCCUGUCCCUUUUAUCUCCUCAUCUACAAACUCAUAACAACCAUAGUAGUAUAUAAAGGUCUCCUACUUUGCCUACUUCGGUCCACUUUGCAAGAUGAGGAGGAUUUUGGUUCUUAUUGCUCUUUUUGUGGUCGUGCUUGGCAAGACGACUUUUGAAGGACAUCAGGUUCUUCGGAUCACUGCACAAGAUGAAGCACAGAUCAAUCUCCUGAAGGAGCUCGCUGAACAGGAACAUCUUGAGCUGGAUUUUUGGAUGGGGCCCGUUCAUGAGUCUCUACCUGUGGAUGUCCUGGUUCCUUUCAACAGCCUUCAGCCUGUCAGGGCUUUCCUGGCGUACAAUCACAUCCAAUAUCGUGUUAUGAUCGAGGAUGUCCAGGAUUUGCUCGAUGAGGAGAAACGUCAGAUGUUAAAAUCUCGUGUUAUUUCCAGAACUACAGAUGACUUUGACUACGCAAACUAUCAUGAUUUGUGUGCGAUUUCUUCAUUCAUAGAUUUGCUUGUGGCAGAGAACAGUGGUCUGGUUAGCAAAAUUGUGAUUGGUGAAAGCUAUGAGGGCCGCCCCUUGAAUGUCCUGAAGUUCAGCACAGGAGCAAAUCGUCCUGGUAUCUGGAUUGACACUGGCAUUCACUCCAGAGAAUGGAUCACACAGGCCAGUGGAGUCUGGUUUGCCAAAAAGAUUGUGACUGACUACGGACACGACUCCAUCCUCACUGACAUCCUUAACAACUAUGACAUCUUCUUGGAGAUCGUCACCAACCCUGACGGCUAUGAAUACACCCACCGUUCUAAUCGUAUGUGGCGCAAAACCAGAAAGCCAAACCCUGGCUCCACCUGUGCUGGAGUUGAUGCCAACAGGAACUGGGAUGCUGGCUUUGGAGGGUCUGGUGCCAGUAGCAAUCCCUGCUCUGUGACCUACCAUGGACCCAGCGCUCACUCUGAACCCGAAGUCAAGGCCAUUGUGGACUUUGUGAAAUCUCAUGGCAACAUCAAGACCUUUUUAUCCAUUCACAGCUAUUCCCAAAAGCUCCUCUACCCAUAUGGAUACACUAGCACUCCUGCCAAGGACCAGGAAGAACUGCAUGAGCUUGCCAGAAAGGCCGUCACUGCACUGAAAUCUUUGUAUAACACUAGCUACAAGUAUGGCAGCAUCAUUACCACCAUCUACCGAGCUGAUGGAGUCACUGUCGACUGGACCUACAACCAGGGCAUCAAAUACUCCUAUACCUUUGAACUGAGAGAUACAGGUCUUUAUGGUUUCCUCCUGCCGGCCGAUCAAAUCAUCCCUACUGCUGAAGAGACCUGGCUUGCACUGAUGGUUAUUAUGGAGCACACCAAGAAUAAUCCAUAUUAAACACUGUAUGUCAAUGAAGAAUCAAAGUGCAUAAAAGAGAUACAAAUAAAAAAU